AUGGACCAGUACAUCGUGCUGGGCCGCAUCGGGGAGGGCGCGCACGGCGUCGUGUUCAAGGCCAAACACCGCGAGACCGGGGAGCUCGUGGCCCUCAAGAAAGUUCCCCUGCGGCGCCCCGAGGACGGGGUCCCCCCUCAGACCCUGCGCGAGAUCAAGGCCCUGCGGGAGAUCGAGGCCCACCCCCAUGUGAUCCGGCUCCGGGCCGUCUUUGCCCAGGGUCCCGCCGUGGUUCUGGCUCUGGAGCUGCUCGUGGGGGACCUGGGGGGGCUCCUGCGCGCGGCCCCCGCCCCGCUGCCCCCGGCCCGAGUGCGGGCCCUGCUCGCCAUGACCCUGCGGGGGCUGGGCCACGUCCACCAGCAGCGCCUGCUGCACCGGGACCUCAAGCCGGCCAAUCUGCUGCUGGACAGCGCCGGGCGCCUCAAGCUGGCGGAUUUUGGGCUGGCGCGGGUGCUGGGGCCCCCCCCGGGCCGCCCCUACAGCCACCAAGUGGCCACCAGGUGGUACCGAGCCCCCGAGCUGCUCUACGGCGCCCGGCACUACGACGAGGGCGUGGAUUUGUGGGCUGUGGGCUGUAUUUUCGGGGAGCUGCUGACGCUGUCGCCGCUGUUCCCGGGCGAGAACGACAUCGAGCAGCUGUGCUGUGUGCUCCGGGCACUGGGCACGCCCAGCCCGCGGGACUGGCCGGAGCUGGCCGAGCUCCCGGAUUUCCCCAAGCUGCGGUUCCGGCCGCGG